CAGGGACUGAGAAGUGAGAAAGCGACGCAGCGGGAGCGCUAGUGUAGUACUUCUGACUUCUACUUGGCUCUCUUUGGCCCUCUUCUCGGGCCUAUAGCUGCCUUUCUUAACCUUAAGCCGAACUUGGAAAGGCUCUGUCGGAUGAGGACUGAGGAAGUAGUGCCUGAAAUAGUUUUAAAGGCAGCUCUGUUUCGUUACAGCUGCCAAGCAGCUUAAUAAUUUUAUUACCUCCCGUGUAGUAAUGGCUUCAGAGGUGGCACCGAGGGUCGAUCCGACUGAGGCGGAGGAGCUUGCCCGGUCUCUGACUGAAGCCCUCAGCAGCGGGGACUCUGAAGAAGCAGCUAAACUGUGCCAGAGGCUGACUCAGCUCUCCGUCCCGGUGUCAGUCACCAUCAGCAGUCAGAUCUACCCCCAGGAAUCCAUAAGGUUGAAGGUUGGAGUGGAGGAUGGACAAUCAGAAGACAAUAUCCCUGUGAUUCUUGACGUUGCUACUGGCAUGACAAUCGCACAAUUAAAAGACAAGAUCAGCCAAGAUCUUGGGUUCCACCCACUGCUGCAGCGCUGGGUGAUUGGGAAGCGGCUAGCUCAGGACCAGGAAACAUUAUAUAGCCAUGGGAUUCGAAAUAGUGGAGACCAGGCUUUCCUGUUUAUCAGGUCUGCCCAUGCUGCUCAUCUCACACGGCAUCAGCACAACCUGGACCAGGAGCAACAACGUAUAGAUGGUAUCAUGGAGUCGAUGCAAUCACUGCAGCUGCUUCCCAGAGGUCUGGAAGGAGGUGGUGGUGAGAAGAUAGUUCCUCCUCCUCUUCCUCCUAGAGACCGAACUGCUACUGUACCCAAGCCUCCUGUGGCUCCUAAACCUCAGUUGGGAUGGGCCUGUUCAGUGUGUACGUAUCUGAACAAGCCAACACGUCCCGGCUGUGAGAUGUGCGGAGGGGAACGGCCAGCAGAAUACACUGUGCCUGACAUCUACCAGCCAGAUGAGGAGGAGAUUAAGAGGAUUCAGCAGGAAACACUUGCCAUGAUGCAGUACGAACAGGCUCAGCGGGAGGAACGAGAAGAGAACUAUUUGCACUUGUUGGCAACAGAAGAACAGAACCUUAUCCCAUAUGCCAACGAGGCAGAUUGUCCAAUUUGCUUCUGUAAUCUGCAGCCAGGAGAGGGCAUCGUGCUCAGAGAGUGUCUCCAUACCUUCUGCAGGGAGUGUCUAAAAGGGACAAUAGUAAACAGUCAAGAUGCUGAGGUGUCCUGUCCUGACAACUGUGACAGCAAAUUACUGGACCGAGAGAUCAAAGAGCUGCUCACGGAAGAGGAACACCAGCGGUUUCUGGAGUUGCGUCUGAGCAUUGCAGAGAGCCGCUCAGAGCACAGCUUCCACUGUCAGACUCCCAACUGUCGUGGGUGGUGCAUCUAUGAGGAUGAAGUCAAUGAAUUUCACUGUGAACUCUGCGACGAAACCAACUGCAUUCUCUGCAGGGCCAUCCACAAAGACAUGAAUUGCAAGGACUACCAGGAUGACCUGCGUGUAAGAGCAGAGAAUGAUGAAGCAGCUCAGAAAACUAAACAGAUGCUGGAGGUAAGUCAACUUUAA